CCCCCCCCCCCUCCUUCUCCCUCCCUCCCCAAUCCUUUCCCUAUCGUUUGGUUUCUGCACCUCUUAUCUUUCUUCCAUUUUUUCUAAUUUUCUUUUUUUUUCCCUUUUUCUUUAAUUUUCUUUUUGCAUUCGGUGACCCUCUUUUUUUCCUUUCCCCGUCUCAGCCCCCUCGUGGGCUCCCCCAAUAAGACGACGUCGAACCACCUCCCUCAGCCCAACGAGCAGUCAUGUCCGGGUUGACCCUGGGGGGAGGGGGCGUGCGACCGACGCAAUCCGCAGCCUUUGCCUCGCUCCAGGAUUCCGCCGACGCCGACCGCCGCUCCUCCACCACCACCACUAACCCCCUCCACUUCCCUCCGAGUUCCUCCCAACUUUCUGACGAUUUCUCCUUUGGCUCUCCAAUCAGCCCGGCAGAUUCCUCGAAUGCCCAGGAUAAUCUGCUUCAGGACUCUCUGUUUCCCGAAUGGAAGGCGGGCCCGCCUCGAGGCGCCUUUGAUGGGCCCGAUGAGAUGCAACGGAAGGACCCAUUAGCGACCCAGAUAUGGAAGCUGUAUUCUAGGACCAAGGCUCAGUUACCCAACCAGGAGCGCAUGGAGAAUUUGACGUGGCGGAUGAUGGCCAUGAGUUUGAAACGCAAGGAACGGGAACGUGCUCAGCAAUCUCGUCUCUCCGCUCGAAACAGUCUCUCCGGCCCCAGUGGCAUUGCACAACUGCGUCUAUCCGAUCGCGAGGCGACCGCAGCCACCACCUCUACCACGACCGACCUAAUCUCCGAUCCCAUGAACCUUGACGAUUUCAUUGUCCCCUUUGAGUCUCCCUCCGACCACCCAUCUCCUCAAGCCACAAAAGGCGAGGCGACGUCGGCUGCUAUCCCUAUCAAGUCCCGCAAGGACCAGGUGGCCGAGUCCACCCCGGUGCCCGCUUCGUUCCCCCACCCACCCCAGGACCAGCGAAGGAACAGCGAGUUUGGCUACGUGCCUCGUCGGGUACGCAAGACGAGCAUCGACGACCGGCAGUUCUUCAACCUGCAAGUGCCCACCCGCAAGCGCCCGGCCGAGUCGUCACCCCAGGUGCCGCCCGUGUCGAACGCGAUGCUGGCCCACGACCCGGAUUUGUCGGGCGGUGUGCCCGACUACACACUGGAUGCGUCGUCGGCGUUCGCGCUUCAUCAUAAUAGCCACGCCUCUGCCCACCACAACCAUACUUCUCCAAACGUGCCGUUUGGUCUGGAUACCUACGGCCUGAGCGAGGAUCCCAUUCUCACCUCCGCCGGUCCCUACCAAACCCAGUUCACUUUCUCGCCCACUGAGUCGCCCAUGACGUCAGGCAACCCCUUUGCCAACUUGUAUGCCCACACGCCGGUGGCCUCAUCCCUCAACUCCACCGAUUUCUUCUCCCCGCCGCCCUCGGGAUACCAGUCGACGGCGUCGACCCCGCAGCCGGCCUACGACGGUGAGCAUUCGAUGUUUUUCGAUAUGCCGUCGGUCGAUGCGCGCACCCAGCGGAGGGUUCCCAACUACGUCUCGCACCGCACCUCCAAUCUGUCGGCCUCGCUGCAACCGCGAUACAUGUUCAACCAGAGCCAGGACCAGUCGCAUCACGUUGGCAACCAUUCCUCGUCGAUGCAUUCGCCGGGGUAUCCCAUCCCACAGCCUCAGCACGUGGAUCCGUCUCAAGUGCUCGGUCCGAGCGAUUUCUCGACGGGGGCGUCUCAUGCGGCCAUGUUCAGCUUCGGGGCCGACUCGGACAAUGAGGAUGACGACGGGAAUCAGUUUUCCGACCGGGCGGGAAUGCCGAUGCCGGGUGACUUGGACGAGGGUCCCGACAUGAACGGCGGGAUGCAGUGGGACGCUCAGUUCCCGGGGUCGUUCCACUCGCUACCGGGAUUCACCGCGCAGCACCGCAAGCAUGUGACGAUCGGGUCCGCGGAUAUGAUGGACACCCCGAGCGAAUGGAAUCAGGGCAGCAGUCUGGGCCGCACCCAUGGAUCGGCGGCCUCGGUCAGCGAGGUGCGCAACCGCGAGCAGGAUCCCCGGCGGCAGAAGAUUGCCCGCACGACGUCCACACCGAACACGGCGCAACUACUGCGUCAGAGCAUGAGCGCGAAUACCUCGCACACGUCGCCCAACACGCCGCCAGAGUCGGGCCUGAACAGUGCCGUGCCGUCCCGACCGGCCAGUCCCGGCGGCUCGAAGAACGGCGAGCAGAGCAGUGGCCCGACCACAUGCACCAACUGCUUUACGCAGACGACCCCGCUGUGGCGGCGUAAUCCCGAGGGCCAGCCGCUGUGUAACGCCUGCGGGUUGUUCCUGAAACUACACGGUGUUGUGCGGCCGCUGUCGCUCAAGACGGACGUCAUCAAGAAGCGUAACCGCAGCAGUGCCAACAGCCUCGCGGUGGGCACGUCCCGGACGUCGAAGAAGUCAGCGCGCAAGAACUCGGUGCAGCAGUCGACGGUCACGACGCCGACAUCCAGCCGGGCGCAGAGCGGCGCGACAUCGUCAGAAUCGCCGCCCGCGGUACCGGGGGGCAGUGCGUCGAGCAGAGCUGCCGGCGUUGUCCCCAUCGCGGCGGCACCUCCGAAGGCGAACCCGACCACGAGCUCUCCAGGCCAGAGUCGGGGAUCAUCGGUGCAGAUGGCGCCGAAGCGUCAGCGUCGGCUGGAAAAGGCCACGGACGUGGAGGCGGUGGAUGACGUGAAGUCGAGCACGUCGAGCGCGCGGUCGAAGGUGGUGCCGCUGGCGCCGGCGAUGCCACCAGCGGCGGCCAAUCCGGCCAACCACAGCAUUGCAGGCGGGCAGGGGGCCAGCCAGGAGUGGGAGUGGCUGACUAUGAGUCUGUAGUCGGGUGCUUCCCAGGAGGAAUCUUUUCUUGUUUCUGAUGUUCCACGAUAGACAUGACCGCGCAGCAAGGAGUUCUCGCUAGACGAGCAGGAGUUGGUAAUAUGACGGUAAUGGUCUGCGCUGGCUGGCGGCAGGUCUAAUGAGUGAUGCGAUUUCGGUUCUAUGGGGUUGCUUAGUACAUGUCUAAUGAAGGGGAUGGAUGAGCGGGAGGAUUUUAUUGUGUUUUGCUUGAUACAAUCGCGUCUGUCCGGCUCCCAGUCUUGUGUUCUGCUUGUGUUUCUGCUUUUGCUUUGACGAUUGAGUGUUUCUUCUAUCUUUCUUUUGUAUUUGUGUUUGUCGAGGCUUGGGACCGGGCAGAAGUGCGCAUCUCAUUGUUUAGAGUGAUCUUUGAGUUUAUGAAGUGCUUUAUGCAGCAAUUGUGAUUAUGAAUAGUUGUCAGUCUGACAAGGAUGAUCAAUUCACUUGAACUUUCCGACCUC